AGCGCGCGAAAGAGACCGUGCGCGUGCGGUGCGUCCCCGGAACGGACGGACGAACGGGUGGGAUCAGGAGAGAGAGAGAGAAAGCGCGCGAACGACACGAACCAAGGAAUCCGAGUCGCAAAGCAACGAGCUCCCAAAUUAAAUUGAGCCCCGAGGUGAGCGGGGUGCGGUGGUCCGAACUCCCGGCGUACGUCCUUCCUAUCCUACGCGCGCGCGCGUCGUUGCAUGCAGCAGGCAGCCACGCUCGUCGUCGUGACGACGCAGGGUCGCGCCGCCGCGGCGCCAUGGGGACGCUGCCGGUCACCAUGCCGCCUCCGCAGUCGCCGGAGCUGCGGUCGCUGCGGUCGACGCUGGACCAGCGCGGCGAGCUGAGGGCCCCGCUGCUCUCGUUCGACUGGGGCUUCCCCGGCGGGAUCGCCCGCUGGGAGGGGGAGGAGGGUCGCCUCCGGCGGGCGGCGGGCGCCGCGCGCGCCGCGGCCACGGAGAUGUGGGCGUUCGCGCGGAAGGACCCGCGGAAGCCCGUGUUCGCGGCCAAGGUGGCGACGGCGCUCGCGCUCAUCACGCUGCUCGUGUUCCUCCGCGAGCCCACCGACCUCGCCAACCACGCCGUCUGGGCCAUCCUCACCGUCGUCGUCGUCUUCGAGUUCAGCAUCGGUGCAACCUUGAGCAAAGGGCUCAACAGGGGAUUGGGAACUCUUACUGCAGGAGGGUUUGCUCUAGCAGUUUCUGAAUUGUCCUCAAGCAUGGGAAAUUUUGGCAACGUGAUUCUGAUCAUAUGCACGUUUGUUGUCGCAUUCGGUGCGACCUUGACAAAGCUGCACCCCAAGAUGAAGCCUUACGAGUAUGGAUUUCGUGUCUUCUUGCUGACAUUCUGCUAUGUCACGGUCUCUGGAUACAACACGGGGAAAUUCAUCGCAACGGCUAUAAGCAGAUUUUUACUGAUUGCCAUUGGCGCCGCUGUCAGUCUUGCGCUCAAUAUUGGCAUACAUCCAAUCUGGGCAGGGGAGGAUCUGCACAAUUUAGUGGCGAAGAAUUUUGAUGGCGUCGCAAAAUCGUUAGAAGGAUGCGUUGAUGGAUAUCUGAAAUGCAUGGAGUAUGAAAGAGUUCCAUCUACGAUACUGACGUACCAAGCUUCUGAUGAUGAUCAUCUGUAUAGCGGGUGCAGGGCAGCUGUUGAAUCAUCAGCUCAAGAGGAAGCCCUGUUAGGAUUUGCUAUCUGGGAACCACCACAUGGCCCUUACAAAAUGAUGAAAUAUCCUUGGAUGAACUACACUAAAGUUGGUGGAGCAUUGAGGCAUUGCUCUUUUUCUGUCAUGGCACUACAUGGGUGCAUUCUCUCGGAGAUUCAGGCGCCACCGGAGAGCAGACAGGUUUUCAGCGCAGAGCUCCAUAGGGUUGGCCAAGAAGGCGCCAAAGUGUUGCGCGAGCUGGGGCACAGGGUUAAAACGAUGACAAGACUAAGCUCUCAAAACAUUCUAUCAGAAGUCCACUUCGCAGCUGAACAGCUGCAGAAGAAGAUCGACCAGAAGUCUUACCUCCUCGUCAACACGGAGAAAUGGCAAGCUCUCAUCAGGCGCCAUGGAGGAGGAGCCAAGGAUGGUGGGCUUGUUCCGGGGCGCCGCGCCAUUGCCAGCCCCGGUGCAGUGCACAAGUCCAGCAGCUUCGCCUCGAGCACGUCCCACUCCAGCUUAAAUUCGGCACCCAGGACCGACGCAUCGUACAAGCCGCAGCCGCCAUGGCCGAUCAGGCAACCGUCCUUCCACCCGAGCUUGCCGUUCGAAGCUGCGGCGGCGGAGGCGAGAACCUACGAGAGCGCGAGCGCGCUGUCGCUGGCCACGUUCGCGUCUCUUCUGAUCGAGUUCGUUGCUCGGCUCAGGAGCCUCGUUGAUGCGUUCGAAGAGCUGAGUGAAAGCGCCAACUUCAAGGAGGACCCCGUGGAGGAGCCCUCCGCGAUCAGCAGGGAGAAUGGAGGUGUUUUGUACAGAUUACGCAGGUUUUUUGGGCUUGAAGAGUUGAGGCAGAGGGCAGGGGAGCCCUAACCAGUUUUGUACGAGUGGAAAUGGGUAGCCAGAUGUAUAGAUAUAUUAACCCAGCUUAGGUGUGUGCUAGAAUCGUUUUCGCUGACAGUGAAGAUGACCGGACAUGUAGGAGAUGUCGAUAUGUACAACUGACCUACUCACCUACAUGAGGAUUUCGUUUCUCAGGGGGUGUUUGGGUGAGAGGGACCCUCUCACCCAAACACCCCCUAGUCAUACUUGGUUGCAAGUAUACGCAUUUCUAGUUACUGUUGCAGAUUUUUGCAAUGAAUGUUGAAAAUAUGUCACCUGCAUUGAAUUA